UUCCAUCACUAAAAUAAUUGAGUUUUCCUUUUGUGUCUACAUAAGUUUCUCUAUUUUUUUCGCACCAAUAGCGUUUAAAUGCUCAGCGAUUUUAACCGGCAGUGAAAACAUAUUUAUAAAUAAUUAAUUAUACCGUAAGCGCGAGGAAAAACAUCCUGUGUGAGAUUAAAAUUGUGUAAUAAUUAUAUACAAACCGGUGCACAUCAACAAUGCGACACCAAUGUCAUUCCGCGCUCAGAAACCUUGUGCGCCAAUGCAAUUCUACAACGAUUAAACAGUCAUGGCCCUAUGGCCAACUUUUGGGGACUCAUCUGCUGAACCUGCCGUCCUCCUCUACUGCCGCCACCUGCACCACUUCUUCUAGCCACUACUCUAAGUUUAGCACCCACCUGUCUACUGAGCGGGCCAUGGAGCUUUUAUGCAACCUAGACGAGGAGGAGCGUAGCAACCUGCGCUGUGCCCUCGGCAAAAUAGACGCCGACAAAGAGAAGAAGUUAUACGAGAGCCAGCUGGCCGUUGGCAGUUGGCGCACUCGAUUCGGACGACUCUCCAAUAAAGCGGCAUUGGGUCAGGUCAUUGCAGGCACUUUUUGUGCAGUGCCAGAUGAUUGGCUGCGAAAAAAAAUGGUUGAAUCAGCAGCACCACCCACCGCAGGCCAAUUGUACAGUAUUUUUUUUGUGAAUGCCGUGCCGUUUAUCGCGUUCGGAUUUCUUGACAACUUUAUCAUGAUCAUGGCGGGCGAAUAUAUUGAAUAUUAUUUGGGCCACUUUAUAACACUAUCUACGAUGGCAGCCGCUGGCCUUGGCAACACCAUAAGCGAUAUUCUAGGCAUCACCAUGGCCACCUAUGUGGAGAAUGGGUGCCAGAUAUUGGGUCUAAAGCAGCCCAAGUUAACUCCAGCGCAAUUCGAACUGAAGACUAGCAAGCGGUCAUCCAGUUAUGGGCGUAUUGUUGGCAUCACUGUAGGCUGUUUACUUGGAAUGUGCCCCCUGUGGUUGAUGGAUGAAAAAGCAGAUAAAGUAGACGUGGCUGACUAAAGGCACAACAGCUUGGCUAGCUUAUUAACUAGAUAAUCGUAUUUAAUAUGUUUAUUUUAUUGUUACCAUUUGACCGAAAUUUAUUGUUGGUACUUAUUUUAUUUUUGAAGCAACAAAUUAACUAAUUAAGUCUUUAUUGAAUUUCCUUAAACUAAAGUUCGCAUUUUUAUUGAAUCGCGGCUCAAAUUCAAAACUUGAUGUCCUCCUAAAAAUCAUCGAAUCGAUGAAUAUAUCAAAUAAGAGGUUAAUGAGUUUUAAUCAA